AUGGCUCCUCAUUGCCAAGCUGCGACCUUGAUUGCCUCUCCAUCUUACCCAAAUGCCAUUGCUUGGUCAAGUGACAAUCUUGUGGCUGUCGCAUCUGGUCACAUUGUAACUAUUCUGAACCCAGCUGCGCUUGAUGGACCCCGUGUAUUGGUUGGACUUCAUCGCAGUGACCCUUUUCCUAUAGGAGUGGUUAAGAGAGAAGGGAGUAUAAAGUUUUCCAUUACUGCCAUUUCACCAAAGAGUGGAAAAAAGAGAUCAUGUAGGUGUUUGCUGGCUGUUUGCACUGUGGAUGGUCAUGUGAAGCUUUAUCGGUCACCAAUUUGGGAGUUAUGUGAUGAAUGGGUUGAAGUCGCAGAUAUAUCACAGUUGUUGUUUAACUACUAUAAAACUAUAAACUUCAGAGAGGAUAAUGGUUCUCAUUUGACUUCUCCGAAGAAUACAAAUACUGGGGAGACAGAGGUUUUAGGAUCUACUUGUGAAUUGCAAGAAUCUUUUUAUUUCAAGGGUCCUGGACAGAGAAAAAUAAAGCCACCAAGAGUUGAUGGUUUUAUUUAUGACGGCAAUGAAGUUGAUUUAGAUGCUUCAAAGGAUGCAGACUUCUCGAUGGAACCAUGCUCUAAAUCAAAGAAGAAAUCGUUGAAAAAGACUAUAAAACCCAGGCAUGAAGUAGUUGCUGUAAAUGAACGAAACAGCACAGGAAAUAUUAAAGCAUCAUUGUCCUCCAAUGGAGAAAGCAAAUCUCUUCCUCUUAUCACGGCAAAACAAUAUGCUUGUUGUGCUGCACAUUUGUCUUCCCUUGUAGUUUCAUGGUCUCCAGUUGUGUCAUCAAGUGAUAAAACUUCUUGUUUAUUGAGGCAUUGGUGCAUUCUUGCUGUUGGCUCUAAAUCUGGAAAUUUUUCUUUUUGGAAACUAUGUAAGCCAGAAUAUUACACAAUAGAUGCUGGUGUGGUUACCAGUGAUCCAAUGCUCAUCGGGGUUUUGCAAGCUUACAAAUCAUGGGUCAGUGUCAUAACUUGGCAAGUUCUUUCUGCGGGCUCUUCAAAAUCCUCGUUGCUUUUAGCUACUGGAUGCUCAGAUGGAAGGUAA